AUGACAACCCUGAAUAAGACAUCAGGAGUUCUUACCAGUCCUUACUAUCCAAGGCGUUACCCUUCUAACGUGAAUUGCAGCUGGAAAAUUAUAGCAAGUAAAGGAGAAAGCAUUGUGUUGUCCAUUGAAGACAUUGAUAUUGUGGACUGUGGUUCAUCUUGCACGUGUGACUACCUGAAAAUACAAAAUGGCUCAUCCUCUGAUGGCAUUUCAAGCAGGCGAAGAUGUGGAAACUAUAAAGACCGUGAGAUAAUAUACCGUUCGGCAAAAGAUGUCCUGAGGGUGACGUUUGUUUCUGAUAGUGGUACUUACCGGCGGUACCGUGGAUUUAAGGCAACCUACAUCGAAGUGAAAUAUAAUGCAACAAACACCGGUAAGUUAUUAAAAAUCGGCUUAACACGCAAAAUUAAAGGUUUAUGUGCAGGCGAUCAGGUGAUCAAUUUUCAGCAAAUUAUAUAAAACAGUAUUGCCUUAUAACAGGCUUAUAGCAACUGCAACAUUCAAAUAUUAAUACUUUACGGAGUAAAACAACACAAACUAAAAUGCCGAUGAAAUGCCAACAAUUUUCAUUCGCAUGAUGUUAAAAGUGUUUUCUUGCGAAUCUCCUAUUUUUUAUGUUUAUAUAUUGCAACGCUUUCAUGAUUGAGUUUUUUUUUUUUUUUUUUUUUUUUUUUUUUUGGGUCACAGCCAAAAUUACUCUUUGAUUUUGAAUUACAAAGCUAAAUCAUCUUUAUUUCCUCUUUUUGCAGCUUGUACCUCUGGCGAAUAUCUUAAUGGAUUUAGUGGAUUCUUUUCAACUCCAAAUUUUCCAAGUAACUUCCCUCAAUACAGCAAAUGUACCUGGAAUAUCACAGUUCCCAGCGGGUACAUCAUUAAACUUAGCUUCCUCUACUUUCGAUUGGAGCCACAUCAGUACUUUCCCUGCUAUAAUAAUCCAGAGGCCCGUGUUACAGUCACAAAUGUUGCUUCAGAUGAUGGGUAUCAGCCGUUCAUGCUGUGCGGUCAGUGUCUUCCUUCUCCAGUGUACUCGGUAGGGAAUUCCGUUCAAGUCAUAUUCACGUCUCUGCGCAGUCAAUACCCAGGGUUUAAUGCAACUUACACGGCUAUCACUUAUAGUUCAGGUACGUGGUAUACAUUAUUUAUAAGACACCAAUGAUUGAGUUAAGAUUUAAAUCCAUCACCACUAACAACUCGACUAAUAAAAGGCAAUCCAAGAAAGUCUUCUCAAGUAAAAUCAUAGAUUCCAAAUCCCAGAACUUACGAACAUAUUAAUUUGACAGUUAAUGUUCCGUUGUUUGUGAAUUUUCCUAAUGUAGCUAUUGUUCACAUGGACUUUCAUAACCAAGAAAGAAAACGUGAACGACAGAACAAUUUUUUUUGUGCCGAGUAAGCGCAGGCGCCUAAUACCCUCUAAAAUGUUCGUUUGAGUCAAGGAACGGACUCUUAAAAACAUCGUAAGAAGGCAGUCAAUUGUCUGUAACUUGUUGACAAUGUAAUCUCGAUAAUGUAAAAAAAGUUAUUCCUCACACAAACCAAAAAAAGGUUUUAGCGCAACUCAAAAUUAUUAAGUCCUUCCGUUCCGUAUUAUUUGGUUUUGAUCUAAUUCCUUCUCGAGUUAACUAGAUUCUUUUUUUAAAGUGGUAUAAUUCUAAUCAUUAUCACUUUGUCGAGCAUUGUGGCGCAUUUUUCGGGCUAAAAUGGAGAAUUUGGCGGGCUAAAAUGUAUUUUAGCCCGCUGAAAUAAACCAAUGAAAAGUGAACAUCAAACAGUCGUAGCGGAGCUCCUCGCGCGCGCGAAGCGCGCGCGUGGGCGGAGCCCGAUAGCUAAGGGAAUCUACCCAUCCCAGAAAAUUUGGUAAUCACGUGACCGACCGACCGACCGUCCGUGCGCACGCACCACAGGCAUACCAAUGUUUACUCUCACACUUUCUAUUGUAGCUACUUUGGGAGCCCAGGAGAAAGCUGAUUGCAGAUCAAUGUUGUCAUCAAUUGACAGCUGUCAAAACAGGGUAUCCGCUGACCACUAUCACCUGAUCGUAUCGCGGGCUCAGGUGUCGACCCAUUUCAAUGAUCGUAGGCUCACGUUUAUUUUUGUUUUAAAUUCACAACAAAUAUGUUGUGUUUAUGUCAGUAUCGCCCCGCACUAUUACGAUUUUGAUUUCAAACUGACCUCAGACGCAAAAAUUCAGCCAGUUUUUUUAAAAUACAGGCGGGGAAGACCUUUUCUUACCAUGGUCACGUGUUGGUCACGCUCCACGUCCAAUUUUUAUGCUCUGAUUGGUUAAAAUUUGACAGGUUAGUUCAUGCAUAAAAUUUAUGCAGCAUCUUGAAAGUUGUUUACUUUGACAGCUGAAGCUGACAGAGUUUUGAGUUAACUUGUGAUGUUUUUAACUGUCUUUUUCCACUGGAUGUACAAAAUGAAAUACAGCUGCUAUCAAGAGUGUUCUCUUAUUCAUGGCUGGUUUGUUUAUUGGGUUUUUGGUUGAAAAAUGCGUCGCUUG